UUAUGUAUGAAAGGAUCUCGGCGAGAGGACGAUCUAAUAUAGAUAGCAGUGGAUCCCUACCCAUGCUUCUCUGUAUCUAGCAUUGAUUUGUGUGGAAUAGGAUCAUGGAUCAGACCCAGGAUUACAUGUCUGCCACAUGUGUACCCAGCAAGAGGAAAAUGUCAAAACCAAAACUAAACCCCCAAACACCAGUUGAUGUCAUGAAAGAUUUGGGAAGAGAAGCUGAAAAUAGUGGAAUGAAACCAUCCAAAAAAGAAAAGACAAGCUCUCAGAAAAUAAAGAAAACUUACACCAGAAAAAAGUACCAUGAUCUCCAGCCUGUGGUUAUGAGACCUACAGAAGAUUCAGACCAUGGGUCAUCUUGCAGUUCAAUUAUUACAUCCAGUCUGGUCAAUGGUUCGGAAAGCCAAUGUAUGAACCACACCAAUGAAAUGAUGGGAAAAACUGAUGGAUCCAGUUCAAACACAUUAAUAGAGACAGGUUUAAAGCUAAAGAAGAAGCACAAGAUUGAGGAAACUGACCAGCCCUCGUUAAAAAAGUACAUAGAGGAAGUAAAGCAAUCCGUACCUGUUAUAGUUCCCGUUGCUCAGUUCACUCAGAAGAAUCAGGUAACUGACAGCACACAGGAGCAGAAAUCAUCUCCGCACACUAAGAAGGAGUCACCUGUUUAUCCGCCAGGAAGUCAGGAGGAAAAAUGGCAGCUUCAGAUUUUGGCAAAGGGCAGAGUAAGCUGCCCAAAAUGCAAAAGUGUUGGAAGAAAGACAGUGGAUGGGUUAAAGAAGCACCUGGAAACAUGCAAGCUAAAUUCUUUUACAUGUCCACACUGUGAAAAACAACUGAAAACUUCAACAGGAAUGAAGUACCACCUCAUGGCUGACCAUAACAACUUGCCCAUUCCAGAUACAGGGAAUGACCUAGUUGACCAAGCCGUAAAGGAGAAAUUACGCAAAGUAUUAAAAAGGAUGGGCAAAUUAAAAUGUUCAAAAGAGGGUUGCACUGGAAGUUUCACUAGUAUAAUGGGUUAUGUGUACCACAUGAAGAAAUGCGGCAAAGAGGCGUCAGAGCUGGAGAAGCUCUUAUUGAACUGCAAACACUGUGGAAAAGCAUAUCGUUCCAGAGCGGGCCUGGAGUACCAUGUCAAGAACGAACACACUCCGAUGACCCAAGAAAGUGAAGUAGAGGAGCUGAAGACACAGAAAGAGCCCGUCCCAGAGCGGACACAGAGUGGUCGGACCAAGCGCUUGUCGGCGCAGGUCGCCGUGUUCCACCUGAGGGAGAUCGCCAGUGAGGAGCUGCUGAAAGAAUGGCCCAAAAGGAAAGUGCAGCGUGACCUGGUGCCAGACGACAGGAAGCUGAAGUAUUCUCGUCCAGGUUUGCCGGCCUUCAGUCAGGAGACUCUACGGAAGUGGAAGAAUGAAGUCAAGCUGCAUAAAAAAGUGCAGUGUCCAAACAAGGGAUGUAACUGCUUCUAUACCAGUGUAUCUGGCCUAAAGGCUCAUCUUGGGCUAUGUACCUUGGGUGAAUUUGAGACUGGGAAAUAUAAAUGUUUGAUAUGUAAGAAAGAAUUCAACUCUGAAAGUGGAGUCAAGUAUCACAUUAAUUCCAUUCAUUCUCAGGAUUGGUUUGUUGUUCGGUCCAAAUCUAAGAGUUCAAAGUUAGAUAAACCGCACAGGACUGAGCCAAAGGAAGAUUCCAUGAAGAGUCCAGACCUUCCCUUAGCAAACCAAAACUGGCAGGAUAGACAGAUGUCUGAGGUGCCCACAUCAAGUGGAGUGGAAACCCCUGGAAGAGUGGAAAUAAAGAAGAAGGAGGGGCACAACAAACAGAAAGAGAAGAAAAGCAGGCAGGAGAAAGACUGCUAUGAGUUCAGCGGCAGUGACAGUCCCAGCAGCGGCAGCAGUAGUGAGAGCUCCAGCAGCGAAUCAGAGACCGAGACCGAGGACCAAGCGGCACACAGACAUGACAACUGGGCCCUCAGCAGGCCAUUCAAGAAGCAACCUAAAAGUGAUUCAUAAAUCAUUCUUUUUCCAAAUAUGGAGUUCUUCCAGUUUUCAUGUCCAAAGAUUAAAGAGAAACACAUCCAUUCAAAGGUUUAGGGUCAGUAAGAUUAGUCUUUAGUAUCACACGAUCCUUCAGAAAUCUUUCUAAAAUGCUCAUUUGGUGCUCAAGAAAUCAACAUUAAACACAGUGCUGCUUAAUAUUUUAUUAUAUAUUAUAUGUAUUUACUUUUGAGAAGUUGAAUGCAUCCUUGUUGAAUAAUAUUUUUAUUUGUAGGAUUGUUUGCUGAAUUGUUUCACUUUUAUUGACAAGAGGAACUGCGUAUAUUAAAAGGCGACAUGCAAUUCUUUUAAAAUGUAAUUGAAAGUAAUAUGACAAUUUGACUUUAUUAUUAUUUCAUUUUAGGAAUAAAGUAUAAGCCAUGUGUAUUGAAUGUAGUAGAGCAUUAUUUUUAUUUUUCUGUAAGCAUUGUCUCAUGCUCUGUACCUGUAAGUUUCACAGUGGACCAGUGACCGGCUUUAUUAAAGCAGUUGCAUGCAACGAUGUUCAUGAAUGCUGCUGUUUUUAUUAUUAGUAUUAUUAUUUAUUAUUAAUUGUGAUUCUGACACCACAGAAAUUAUACUCUGUAUUAGUUUAAUUGGCCUUUAGUGUAAAGGUACAUAGUGCUUUAGCAUAAUUAUUCCCGGAUGUCAGGGAGAGAAAUAGUGUUUGCUGAAAUGCGUUUAAAAGCUGUUGUAUUGAUUUGAAU